GAUUUGAUUAAAUGUGUCUGGCCCUCGGAUACUAGAUACGGGCCGGGAUAACAACAUAUCACGUAGCAAAUUCGACGCAAAGGCCCCGUUGCGACGGUGGGUACCCCGCGAGAAGACGGGCGGGACAAGAUAAGUGUCUCGGAGAGUGCUGCUUAGCCCCAGGUCCCCCGCUCGCGUGCAGGAUCUCCUCUCCCUCCACAUCAUGUCCGCAGCUGUCCUGCCAGAGUACAACAACGAGAAGCGCGAAUCCACGGGCUCUGUAGAGAAAGAUGAUAAGGAUCUAGCUACGGCUGACGUCUACGAAACCGACGCCCACAAGCUUGCCGAAGUCGAGGAUCUACAAGAGAAGCUCGCGAAUGACGAAGCCGACGAUGAUGCAUACCGGGUAGAAGAGGCCUGGCAGGUCGCCACCAAGGUGCUUUCGACGAAAGAUUACCCCGAGCUGCAAGCUGUGACCUUUCGCACCAUCUUCCUUGGUCUUGGGUUCUCGGCCUUCGGAGCUGUGCUCGCACAGAUCUACUACUUCAAGCCGCAGACGCUGUCAGUCUCUAUCCUGCUUCUUCUAGUCCUCUCGUACUGGUUCGGCAAUGCAAUGCACAUGGCACUGCCAUCCAGGGGGUUUUUCAGGUUCCUCAAUCCGGGCCCCUUCAAUAUCAAGGAACAUGUCGCUAUCGUCAUCAUGACCUCAACCGCCUCCACUUCGGCAACGGCGAUCCAGGUCAUCUCAGUGCAGGCGUUGUUCUAUGACAACAACAUGAAUGCAGGCAUCGCGAUCUUCACGCUAAUUUCGUCGCAGCUCAUAGGUUAUGGCUACGCUGGCCUGCUGUCCGAUAUCCUGGUCAAGCCGACAAAGUGCUUCUGGCCUGCAGACAUUUACACCGCGAAUCUAUUCCAAGCUCUGCAUUACGACAGGCAGAUGACUUCGAGACGUGUUCGGUUGUUCUGGACAACAUUCGUCAUUGUGUUCUGCUGGGAGAUCAUCCCUGAGUGGCUAUUCCCCAUCCUCACUGGCGUGUCCGUCUUUUGUCUGGCGGACAACCACAGCGCGACAAUUCGUAACAUCUUCGGAGGCGCCAGUAACAACGAGGGCAUGGGUCUACUUGCAGUCUGCUUCGAUUGGAACUACAUCGGGAGCAACUGCAUGUGGCAGCCACUCUGGUUCCAGAUAAACUCUUACAUCGGGAUAUGCUUCACUUACAUCCUGAUGAGUGCUGUGUAUUACGGGGACAUCUGGAAAGCCAAGAACUUCCCAUUCAUGAGCCAGGCGAUCUUCGCUGAGGAUGGAAGCGAGUACAAUCAAACUGCCCUACUUACCAAUGGCAGAUUUGACCAAGAGAAGUUCGGUAAGCUUGGACCGGCGUACUUCUCCGCAACGAAUGCGCUUGGAUUGGUUACUGCCAACCUCUCACUGGGCGCGCUCGUGACUCACGUCGUAAUAUGGCAUUGGCAAGAUCUCAAACCUUUCUUCCAGUCAUUGAAUCCAUGGAACAAGAGUGUCUUCUUAGUUUACGACGCACAUUACGAGAAAAUGAAGGCGUACAAACAGAUUCCCCGGUGGUGGUAUGUCGUCGUGCUGGCAGGGGCAUAUUCCUGUGCCCAAGCGACGAACUACACUGGCAAUUCCGGCCUUCCCUGGUGGGCACUGACGGUUUUGCUCAUCAUCGGCUUCUGUCUAUGUGCGCUGUAUGCCACGCUCGCAGCAACAAUCGGCUUCUCGAGCAAUGCCGCUGGAUUCUUCGAAAUGAUCACAGCUUAUAUGGUUCCCGGAAACCCUGUUGCGAACAUGUACGGCGCCUUGUAUGGUGGACAACCGAUCAGCCAGGGGAUUGGCUUUCUGCAAGAUCUGAAGCUGGGACAGUACGUCAAGCUCGCCCCGAGAGUGACGUUCUGCAUGCAGAUCACCGGUACUGUCGUCGGAGCUUUGCUAAAUUACGUCAUGAUGUUGUCCAUCAUCGAGAACCAAAGGCCUGCCCUAUUGUCGAUCUCCGGCACCAGGUUGUGGUCAGGACAGAACGCGCAAUCCUAUAAUUCCAAUGCAAUAGCUUGGGGAGCCCUCGCGCCGCACAUGUUCAGCCCUGGUUCAACGUACCAUAUCGUACCCUUGUCGCUGGUCAUCGGACUCUUCCUGCCAUUGCCAUUCUUCGUUGCUCACCGCCUCUGGCCAAAGAUCGGUUUCAACAACUUCAGUACGCCAAUCAUUAUGCUGUACUCUUGUUGGCUCGCGGUCGGCAUCAACACACAAGUCAAUACAACCAUGGCAAUAGGUAUCUUCGUGCAGUGGUGGGUCCGCACGAGGUACCCGCGCUGGUUCACAAAAUACAAUUAUAUCGUCGCUGCAGGACUGGAUGGAGGGACGCAGGUUAUCAUGUUCAUCCUCAAUUUUGCUAUUUUCGGUGCCUCGGGACAAUCGCAUCCGUUCCCUCAGUGGUGGGGCAACGACUACAACCUAUCCACGGAUCGCUGUGUGCUUCCCCUUCAAUAGCGUUCCGUUGGUUCGUCGGAUGAUGUCGCAGCAUGCUGCGUCGUUUUGUUGGAUCACGAUUUCGUGCAUGAACUGUAGAAUAUAGGGGUGUAGGCUCAAUGAAUUUAGACCGGAAAGGAACAGAAGCACCAUCACCCUUCAAGAUCAUAAGCAUUACAAUAGUCUACAGCAAAAUACUUUUGAAUACACGCAGAUGCUCCGAUAGACGUUCUAUGCCUCUUGCAUCAUGACGACAUCGGCGCUAUCGUGGUCGGCAAUGGUCUGCUUGAGUUUCAUCUGAUCCACGAGGAAUGCCAGUGUAGCAUUAUUCUCCUCGCACCU